UCUAUAACCUCUCUUGCAAUCUUAAUCUCAAAACACUGUUUAUUGUUAUACAAAAUACGCAUAAUUUUCAUAAAGUAAACGUUGAUUUUAAUGUUGCAUUUCACGGAUAAUCGAGGACAACAUUAAGAAAGAAUCGGGACAACAACUCGGUACACAGAAUUAAUCAGCAGGAGGAAAAUUUGUAGAGAGUCAGAAAUCUGGUGAAUCCGGCAGUCGUUUACCGGGCAACUGUUCACAAUGCCUAUAAAAUUCAUCGGUCGCACGACAGAUUUCAAGGGAAAGCCCUUAUGGGAAAUCGUGGCAAACUUGAAGAACUUUGGCGUUGGCAGACUCGUGAUAAGAAAUCGCUUUCAGAGAUAUCCCGAGCCUUGUUACAUGAAAAUACUGAAGGUCGCUGGGAUGCCCUUACCCGAUCAACCCUAUAUCGACCGCAAAGUUAUGGUGUUAGUUGAGAAAGUCUUCCGUGGCAACAAAAGCUCGAAACCAGUGCAACUGGAUGGUUCGACUUACAAGGCAGAUUAUGUGCUGAUUCCUAAGGAUCAGGAGCAUAUAUUUCUUAAUAACACGAAGGUAGUGGAGAAGAGAAUCCUACCCAGGACAACGGAACUUCCACCAUUAUUCUCACAGUUGAUAAUAAAUCAGAUGAAGGCAAAAGGCAUCGCUGUGUCCACAGAACCAAAAUUAAAUCUUCAAUAUAAUCUCACAGCAACAGAUAUUAAGAAUUACAGAAUAGCUAAGGAAGGUGAAAUCCCAACGAUGAAAUUGAACUUUAAGGUGGACGAGUCUAGUCCAUUUUUCCCAAAGCCAGAAGAGACAGCAACCUUGAAGAAACGUAAAAAGAAAACAAUCCGAAUUCUCAAAGCUUCAUUUCAUUGGAUGUAUAAAAUUCGGGAGCAUCCAUUUUUUCUGCUCGAAUGAUCUACAAUUUAUGCAAGAACCAUUAUUUAUUUUUCAAUUCCUUAAUUAUAUACCAAUAAUACCUUCCAAAACUGACGCAUCUCCUGAACAUCCGUUUUUUUUCUAACAAGCCAACCACGAACAUAUCUCUGUAUAUGUAAGGCGGCCUCCUCUUUAGUCCACAACCACGAUUUUGGAUAAAUUGGCCUAGGACUAAAAAAAAAAGAUGUAAAAUAAAAUAUAAUUUU